GUAUCCAUAUGGCUGAAAACAGUAAAGAAGAGAUCGCAGCAAAUAUCAACCUAAGCCUAGUACAGGUAUCUAAUAAUCAGUGGCUCAAUGACGAGAUAAUAAAUUUCUAUGGAAAUCUUCUACAAGAAUGCGCACAGAAGAUGCCUAAUGUAUCAAUCACAAUUAAAAACAGCUUCUGUUUCACAAAGUUUAAAAAAGAGGAAUUUUCCAAUUCAUUUGCUAGAUGGAUGGACAAGGAUAGUUCAGUUCUAAGUGACUUGCUCAUGUUCCCUAUCAAUGAAGAUAAACACUGGACACUAUGUGUAUGUAUGACAUGUGCAUGCAUGGACUAGCAGAGUAGACUACUUUAUUAGUGUACUACAUAUGACAUAUUGUAUAGUAUAUUUUAGCUCACAUGUACAUGUAACACAGUAAUCAUGUCCGACAAGGAUUUCACAGAACGUCAAGCCUUCGCCAAAUGCUUUCCCAGCGCAUCCCUACUUAUAUGCCUUUAUCAUACACUUCGAACUUUCAGAAGGGAGAUAACAGUUGAGAAAAUGGGGAUAACGUCAGGUGAACGGGACAGAGUUCUUGAGAUAUUAACCGCAAUAAUUUAUUCCAAAACAGAAGAAGCCUAUGAAGAAAACGUAAAUCUGUUAAAGGAAACCAAAUCAAAAGCUGUAAGAAACUAUUUCUUUGACAAUUGGCACCCUAUAAAAGAGCAAUGGGUUUCUUGUUUUAAGGAUUCAACUUUUAACCUUGGUGAAACAACCAACAAUCGUUUAGAGAGUGCUAAUGCGAAGAUUAAAAGUGUUUGCUCUCGCUAUGCAACACUUUUACAAUUUUUUACAGAAAUGUUUGCACUCCUUGGAACAUUGCGGAAUGAAAGGACACACCAGAAAAUUAUGGCAACAUUACGCAAGCCCAUAUCAAUUGAAUCGUGUGAGGAGGACAUCCGCACAUAUGCUGAAGUUCUAACACCAUACGCUUUCAAACACCUUAAGCGUCAAGUUGAACUUGCCAAACGUUUAACCGUACAACAGGUUUUGUCCGAGAACAAAGUUUUAAUAAAGAGUUGUACCUAUGGUGAAGUAACAGUGUCAGGUAACACUUGCCAAUGCACGUAUCCUGUGAAAAUGGGACUUCCAUGUAGACACAUCCUUAAAGCCAGAACUGCGCUUAAGUUAUCUCGAUUUGAUCCUUCCCUCCUCUCUGCCAGAUGGACCGUUGAAUACUAUAAUAAAGCUUCUGAGGCAGCCAAUGUGCCAACCACAUGCGGCAUCAGCAACGUCGAUGUCCUUCAUGAAAGUAAAGAGAAAUCUACCACUUUGACGCAAGCCCAGAAAUUCCACAAGGCAAUGAAUGUGGCACGAACCCUGGCUUCACUGGCAAGUGAAGGCGGAAUGAAGACAUUUGACAGUAGAAUGGCUGAUCUGCAACAAAUUCUCAACCUUUGGCAAGCACAAGACAGUCUUGGAAGAUGCAGCAACACUGAAGACACAACAAAUAUUGAUGAAGAAAAGCCCACCAAAACCCAAAACGAACAUUUUCGUAACAAAGAUCAUGACAUACCCUAUGAUAAAAGAGAUUUUGGUCCCAUUCCCCGUGAUCAAAAGAAGGCCAGUAGAAACAAAAACAAAUCAAAUGUUCCAGGUGACGUUGCCAAAACUUCUCCCACCAUCCUCGCUGAUAAGUCUAAGACUGCUGGUACAUCUUCACAAGUAAAGAGCAAAGAAAAUGAUUGCAAGCAGAAAGAGCUUAAA